GUAUGCUUGUAUGUGUAUGCAUGUUUAUCAAUAGAUCCUUGAAAGAGAAAUAGAGUAACGAGUUGUACUUGUAUAAAUGCAGUCACAUGUCGCAUACAGUUGCAUUCAUAUAAAAUUUGUGUGUUUACGAGUAAAAAUUAAAGAGCACAUCCGUAUGUUUCCACAUGAAAGUAUAUAGGUAUACAGGAAAUGUAUUUUCAAAAUUUCUUUGUCUUGAAUUUAGGUUAGCUGAGGAUGGUUUCUCUUUUUGUCAAAGAACAUAGAGCAUCAGGUCUGCAUGCGUUUGGGUAGUAAUCGUUGGACACCACUACCUUGACCCUGGCAUAAUUGUGAUCGCUUUGCAGAGUACAUCAGCCACCAGGUGGGGAAACCAAACUCACCAGUGAUACUACCACACCUGAACACCAUGCAGUUAGGGUCCUGAAGCCUCCAGGUGGUGGAUCAUCCAUCAGUUUUGGAGAAGACAGCGAUGAUUACAUGAAGCCCAAGGCCAAGCCAACACCUGCCGAGGAAGUUCCAAAGGAGGACCCAGAGCAAGCUCCUAAGCUUGAAAGUAACGGUAUGGACACCCCUGAGAAAGAUGGUGCUGCUGCCACCAAGGAAAGUAAUCCUAGCACUGCCACCAAUGGUUCCAUCACAAGUGGGUCUUCCACCCCCACAUCUAGAGUAGAUACUCAAUCCCGUCUCUUUGGAGAAGAGCCGCCAAAGGAGGCGCAGUGCCGCAGAGUUCGAGAUCAUCAACGCAGCAACAUCUUUGGGGCAGAGGUGAACACGAAUCCCAAUGGAACACCCAACGGCUCUCCUAGGGCAGAGACUCCUGAGACCAAGACCACAGAGCAGCCACAGCUGCAGCAGAAACAGCGUAUCCCUCCAGGUGGUUUCUCCACCAAACUCUGGUAGAUGGGCAUCUCUGGUCCUGGAAAACACUAACUCCACUAAGGCUCUUCGUAGCAGGCAUUAACCUCUCAAGGGAUCAUGAAUAUUUAGGGGAUGCUAACCUUGAAAUUGAACUAGCAUGUAGAAAAGCUGUUCGCAGUCUCAUAGCACAUUAGAUUGACUGUAGUUAAUUUUUUAAACUUUUUGUAAAAGAGUUCCAAAUAUUUGCAAAGGCAAUGUUGAGAAAGAAGUGUGGAGACUAAUGAGCAAGUGAGCAUAAUGUCAUAUCCCUGAUUUGAGCAGCUUUGCUUCAUCAGGGAUCCUUAGCAACAAGUUUACCCUAGUUGUGUAGGUCAUUUGUUAAUCAGUUCAGAUUAUACUCCUUAAUAUUUCAUAACCAUUGUGUGUACUAAAAUAAUGCAUAGUAUAUUUGGUUUAUAGAUAUAUUUUACUAUCUUUCUAGUUUUAAUCUAAUAUGCAACUCAUUACCAGAGACAGCAAUCACUGAUAAGCUUGCCUAUUUCAUGUUAUGGUAAGGGUUUUUGUGCUUUUGCCUUCUUGCCUCUCAACUUUUUUUUUACAUUAAUUCCAAACAUUUAGCUUGCAUCUGCAGUUUGGAGAAACCAGUUAGAUGUUAAAUUUCAGCCAGUUGAAAGUUGCUCAACAAUACUAUUUGAAGAGAAUUCAUCAUGGAGUGGAAGCUUAGUCAUGAAGCUUUAAAAUGUGUUUACAAGGGAAGCAAUAUGAUUCAUCAUGCCCAUUCCACUUAGUUUUUAAGAAAGUGUAUCCUUGCAAUCCUGAAGAUGUCUUGAAUUAAGUAUGAAUUUGUGAUACACUUCUAGCUGUCAUUCUAUUUUCUAUGAAAGCUAUACAUUGUCAUCAAUAUUAUGAUUUGCAGAAAUGAUUUAGCAAUUCCUGCAGAAUACUUUAUUUUAUUAUUAUUUUUUUUUUCAUCCCCUUCCGUGAUUACAUUGUUAGCAAAUUCCAUCAAGUCUGUGAUAUUUUUUUCUUUUACUGGAAGGAUUAGUAUGUGAGUAUGCAAUUCACCCAUUUCAUGUGACAUUAGGAAAUCUGUAAUGAGAUGAAAUGUAACUGUGGGAACUCUAAUAAAAUGAAUUAUAAUGCUUAAUUUGGCGCAUGCAGAAAAGUCAUUUGUAUGAAUUUCAAUAAAUUGAAUCACCCACA